CCAGUACUACGACAAAAAUGGGURCUAGCCGAAGAUCUCGCAACGUUCAUCAUCAAUCUCGUCACUUACCAGACGARAACAAAAGUCGAACCAAAGUUACUUCUUCGACGAUAAUUGAUACAGCCCAAGCAAACUUGGACUUCAAUACGGCUCUUCAGGAAGUAGACGGUGAUGGGGGAAAGCAAAUCACAAUAGUUCUCUUGAUAGUGAUUAUUCCGGUCAUUCUUGCUUUGGUCCUUGGGAUCGCUGCUGGUAUGACGAUUUCUAUCCAUUACUUUGAAAACCAAAAUCCAACAGCUUUGUUCGGCGGAAUGAGGAUCAAUUCUCGUGAGAGUACUCUGUUGUACUCUAGAACAUCUGAUGUACAUCAAAAAGUAACGACAUCAGACCCUAUGAUCGCUUCAAGUAAUGUUGUACAGAGAGACGGAAAUCUUGACUUGGGGAAAGUUGUCACAGCUACUGCUACAGGUCAGUUGAAUGUUUUGGUAGUUGUGGACGAGGUUGCACCUCUUCGGUCCGAUCAGCCACUUCAAAAUUCUCAUGACAAUGCCAAUGACCAAAGAUACAAUGAGCAGUUCUUUCAAGGAGCGAAAAAAAUCAAAGCAGGUAACUCGUUGACGAUGGAGCAAGCUGAACUCAUAGCUCCCGGGUAUGGCCAAUGGGAGGCCUCUCAACCGAAAAUCGAAUUACGAGAACCAUCAAUCCUGCCAUCAUUAUGCAGUGAUGGCGAGACACUAGGUUUCGAUAGUUGGACUACCCUACGAGCUGCUGUACAUGAGGCGAAUUCUAUUUCUGCAGAUCGGUUUAUGAAAUGGAACGAGUAUUUCGCCACGAACUCCUUUACAGCCUUCCAAGAUGACCGUUUGUACUACGAGGAAGACAUUGUAUUUUCAAUAUGCCCAGGAGCUACAUUGCGAGGCCGGAAGGGAGGCAUUUUUAUAAAUGCAGAAAAUGUUGUCUUGGAAUGUGAAAGAGGUUGCGUUAUUGAUGUUGGAGGGACCCACCUUGCCUUCGGAGCAAAUGCAAAAAAUGUACUGGUKAGAGGUAUCACUUUCCGGAGAGCUAGUACAAGCAGUUUAACGUUUUACCACGAUGGAGCCGAAGCGACAUUCGAAGAUUGCUCGUGGGUAAAUGAUAGUGGUAUAAGUAACUACUACGGCUCCAUUGCAAAUGUGAACUCGACAAGUAUCGUCAAUUUUUAUCGAUGCGAAAUCGGAUUGGGGAAAAAACAAAUCGCGAUGGGGACCACGUCUGCAUCAACCAAUUCACUUUCAAUACGGGUUUGACCGAAACCUGAAGUCGAACAUAAUAUUCUUAAUUUCGCUGUGUUCGACCAUUUUCUUGGCGCCUGCUUUUCCAUAAAAUCUCCGUAUGUAUACUAUUAUUUUCCUGUCUUGGUCAACUUCGCAGUUUCGAUAUGAACUAAUUUACGAUCCAACCAGGACGAGUACUACGUCACUGAAAAGACUCAAGGUGUCAAAAUCUGAAUAGAAGUUGGUGGAGCAAUUUGUACUUGCAACACAAGUACUACUUCUGUUGUUCCUUCUCAGACGAUGUGAACUCUGACUUCUGUUUUUCGUUAUUUUAUCAUCAACCAAAGAAAAUGCCUGCAAGGUAGCCCACAAAUGAGCCAGUUAUCCCCAAUGGAAAGCGGAUUCCAACGUUGCUUUGUUGAGAUAUAUCCGUCGUUCAUUCCCCACAUCGAUUAUCUAGUUGUUACUUCCAAGAAUCAUGAUUUCGAAAGAAACCAYGGCCAUUCCCAUUUGAUGUCCAGAGGAUCAACCCAAAAGAGAAAUAUAGUUUUUACUAUGACAUCCUUUCUUCCYGAUGGGAAGGAAACAUUUCAUCGGUACGCAACAGAACUCUGAGUAUCAUUUUUUGGAGGGAUCAAUUCAUUUUAUUUCACCAAUUGUUGAUCACGAUUUCACCGGGUUGAUCUAGUCUCCAUCUGUAUCUGUAUCAUUUGAAUUAAUUUCCUCGGCCUCGCUUAUGAGCUCUGCAGAAAUCUCCUCAAAGUUUGGUCGUUCACUGAUAUCCGCGCUCCAGCUGAGGCUUAUGAUUCUAGAUAUGCGAGUUGACCAAGUUGAAAAUAGUUUUGGUCUGUAGCCUCGACCGCAGACUCGAUCAAUKAUCAUCAGCUCAGUGUACAAAGCAAAAGGAGGUUCCAACGCAAGAAUAUUCCACAUUAUCAUUGCCCAACUGUAAACAUCAGUUUUUUGAUUGUAUGGUUUGCCCUUCACGUUCUCGGGUGACAUGUAACGGAUGGAUCCAGUGCAUCCAGUCAUAUUAUAAAGACCAUCUUCGUUUCGUUCAUCAUCUCUCAACUCUUUUGCAAGCCCAAAAUCAAAAAUUUUCAACACUCCGUCGUAAGUAAAUCCAAUGUUAUCGGGUUUCUAAAAUUUACCGUACAUUUAUCAUGAAAAUGGAAAGACAUGCGAACCAAAGUUGGUUAGUAAAGUAUUUCACCAAAACUUCCGGUGUGCCGUAGCCUAAAUCACGAAUCCUAAGUCUUACCAAAUCUCUAAAUACUAUAUUCCUCCGAUGCAAAUAUUUCAUCCCUGCUACGAGAUUACAUGCAGCUGAUAUUCGUUCUGAUUGCAACCUUCUCGCUUUCUUUUUGCUUCCAGUAAAGACACCUGUGAUACCCUUGCAUUGGCGAUCCAUGUCCAUCCAGCCCUUGACUCUCCGCCCUAAUGUUUCGUUGACCUUCUCGAGCAUGAUAAAGUAACCAUCCGAAAAUGCAUCGUUCGAGGAUAUUCCUUUCAAACAGAUAAUAUUUUCAUGGUCAAGUGAAGCUAAGAAUCUUGUUUCCAUCGCUAGAUCAACAGUUCCUUUCAAGAAAUUGAUCUUAUCUGCUCGUUUUAAAUCAGGGGAAAGUUGCUUYAMAACAUAUCCAUAUCGAGCACGGUUACCGGUGCCAUUCAGUUGCCUAGUUGGGCGACAUUUACCGUCUUGGUUACUUCUAUCAGUAGAUGAUGAAUAACUACCAGAUGUUGAUCUAGAUCCAUUGCAACUGCCAUUCAUUCUCUUCCGUCUCCCCAAGAUUUUUCGACCAAAAUAUCCYAAACGAAUGCCGACCUUCUCGGUAGAUUUCUUGUUUCCUUCGGGCAGGGAAGUAGAAUACGAACAUUCCUGGACAACGCAAAACGCUCCUCUCCCUACAACCCGGCCUACAACAACGUCUCGCUCGUUGAUUAUCAAUAAGCCCAUGCCACAGCC